CGCUCAUUUCCACUCCUCAAUAUCCUGCAGCUAUAUCUAUUUAUCACUAACCACCGAAUCACUCGAUGAUCCCAGCUUCAUUUUCAGCUCAGCUAUCUGUCUCUCCAUGCGGUAGACGUCACUGGACAUCUGCCUGCAUAAGCCAGAGACAAGGGAGGAAAGAUUCUGGAAAGUGUCUGCAUUGGAUGAGUCUUUACCUGUGGAGAGCCUGCGCCUUGCUCAGCUGGCGAUGGAGGCACUUGACCAUGGCUGCAAAGCGCUUGUUUUGAAUCUGAUAAAACAUUGAUUAUUCUUUCAGUGUACCCCGCCUGUCGCCCGAAGUCAGCUGGGAGAGGGUCCAGCAAAGCGGCAUAGAAAAUGGAUGAAUGGAUGAUUAUUCUGUCAUGAUUUUGUCAUACCUCAAUGUCUUUCUUUAUCUGUGCAUGGCUUUCCAACUCUUUUUGCAGAUUUUCUCUCCUCUCAGCUAUAGUUUUCCUCAUGGCAGCAAUCUCCUCUGUCAGAGCAUCAACCUCUCUCUGUAGACAAAAUAUCAGCAACUAUACGCCAUGUGGAAGUAAACUUGGAUCCCCUAUCUUAAAAUGCACCUUUGCCGUCCGGGCUGUAUUUCCCUGAGAAUUCUUUAAAUCCUCCUUCAGCUCCUCCUUGGCCUUCCUCAGGCUCUGAAACAGCGCCCGCUUCUCCUCCAGCUCCUUGCAAGCCAAAGUCCAGCCAGACGCAUGCAAAACCGCCUGUCUGUAGUCAUUCAUCUUUCUUCGAUAAAUUUCAAACCGUGUCUGUGCCGUGCAGGCCUUCUCUUCGGCCUCGCUUAUUUGCUCGAGGAGUUUUGUGUUGUCCGCUCUGAUGGAAGCACACUGGUCAUGUCGGGCCUGCAUCUGCCUCUUCAAAUGCAUCAUCUCACCCUCAAGGAAGAGGAGCUCUGUGGAUUUACAUCUCAGCUUCUUCUCUGCCUCAUCACCUGUCUUCUGCAAAUCUGCCAGUGUCACCUGGUAAAGGCAUCCACCGUUCUUCCUUUAAUUGUGACCACUGAUAUUUGAUGAACACAGAUAGUGAUGAAAAUAAAGUGUUUUUUUUAUAAAUGAUUAAACGGUGAACCUGAAGGGAGCUGAGAGUCAUCUGCUUCUCUUGAAGCGCUUCCGUCUGAGUGUAGCCAUGUUGGCUAAUGCUUUCCAGGGCUUGGGUUAAUGAUAAUUGGUUGUGGCCUUCUGAAGAUGACAUAACAACAACCUAUCGACUUAUUUGUUAGCACACACAAUGGCCACAUCAUCAAAUGUGGGUUUAACGUCCAUACAAUUACCAAAAGUUGAAAUGUUAAAGCUAACUAACGAGGUCAGCAUCGAAUAAUGUCGUUUUUUUAAAUAAUUAAACUAUUACAUUUUCCAAAUUAUUAUUUAGUUAUUAAUAACAUUACCAUUUGUACAAGCUGCCAUUUUAACACCGUCGGAUAGGAUAACGUUUUAGUGACCAUUUACAUAACCGAACUAAAAUGAUUAUAGCGACAGAAUGGCCAUUAGCUUGUCAUAUCUUAAAUUAAAACUCAUACUCCCAGAAUUCUCUGCGGCCAACCAGUGUUGCAAUUGUCUCGCGAAAGAACCAAGAGACUGGCUCGACAAGGAAGUUGGGGGUUCGUAGGCGACUUUACAAAAAAUGCCAACUAAAACAACAGGGAACUUGGAAAUUUGCAAACUACUUUCCAAAAAACAAGCCCAAAGUCGCUAGCGCCCUUACGCCAUUUCCCAAACUACUUCCGGGUUUCGAGUUAAUGUUGUUGCAUGGCACUACAGUAUCACUUAUUAUACCAUUUUAUAUUCGUCGUUUUCAUGUAAACAAGUGAGUUCUCAAAUGUUUUUUCGCAGUUGGUCCCGCUUGUGUUCCGUCACUCACCGCGAAGUAUACAACCUGAAAAGAGGACGGUGGAGGGCAAUCUCAGGACAUACUAGUUCAAAUCAUGCUAAUAUGUUAGUGGUGCAACGCAGUGUUGCUUUGGCGUCAAGGCGCCUUUGUCGCAGUAGUUAUGCGGGUGACUUGUACAACAACGGUUCCGUUCAGAAGUAUAUUCAACAACUUAUGGAGGAGCACAGACGUCUCCAGCAGAAGUUACAACGUGCAAACCUGAACGAAGCCGACAGGAAAGUGAUGAUGAAGAAGUACAGCCAGCUGCUGCCCUUGGCAAAUCUCUUUUACAGUGUUGAACAAGCUCUGAAAGACCUUGUGGAAGUUCAGGCCCUUUUACAUUCAACCCCCCAAGGUGAAGAGCAGUUCAUCCAGCUGCUGAAAGAAGAAGAGGCUCUUAUCUCCCACAGGAUUUCAGACUUGAGAAAAGAGUUGAUGAACGCGCUCGUGCCGACUGACCCUAUGGACUCGACUAAUGUCCUACUGGAGGUGGUCUCAGGACGAACAACAGGAGGUGAUAUAUGUCAGCAGUUCACCCGAGAGAUGUUGGAGAUGUAUCGGGGUUUUGCCGCUCACAAGAAGUGGGAUUUUGAGACGUUGAACUACACACCUGCUGAGUAUGGGGGUUUGCAUCAUGCGGCUGUGCUGAUAUCCGGGGAGGACGUGUACAGGCGUCUGAAACAUGAAGGGGGAACACACCGGGUGCAGAGGAUCCCCGAAGUGGGUCUCUCCUCCAGGAUGCAGCGCAUUCACACUGGAACCAUGACCGUCAUCAUCCUGCCUCAGCCUGUUGAGGUGGAGGUCAGCGUCGAUCCCAGGGAGCUGCGUGUUGACACCUUCCGAUCUCGAGGUGCGGGGGGCCAAAGCGUCAACACGACGGACAGCGCUGUGCGCGUUGUUCACCUUCCCUCGGGUAUGACAGCGGAAUGUCAGCAGACCCGCUCCCAGCUGCAAAACAGAGAAACAGCCAUGCGCUUGCUGAAGGCCCGCCUCUACCAGAGCAUGCUGGGUAAGGAGACCGAGCAGAGGCGUUCAGCGCGGAAGAAGCAGGUGGGCACGCGCUCCCAGUCGGAGAGGAUCCGCACAUACAACUUCAGCCAGGAUCGCAUCACAGACCAUCGGACAGGCUUUGUUGGCAGAGAUAUUAAGGAGUUCAUGCGAGGGGGGGACGCGCUGGAUGAGCUCAUCACGGACGUACUUGAACACGCAGAAACGGGGGCUGUGCUGGACCUGGUGGAGAGUGGUGGCAACGGCCUGUCCAGGUCUGCAGAUUGAUUCACAAGCUGCACAAGUCACAAUGCAAAUGAUUUAUUAUGAUUAUUAUUUAUAUCAUGUUUUAUCUUCAUCACUUUUAUAAAUCCAAUAAUAUCAUGGUAUAAUAGUUGUAAGUGAUACAAACAAUUGCUAAAUUGCAGCAGUAGAUUUUGUGCAAACGUGUUUUAUUUUUAAACGUGUAACAUGUUCAGCUUCAGCAGCCUCUGUGAUGCCGGUCAUUUAUUCUUACAUAAAACAUGAAACGCACA